CGGGGGAGGAGAGAGAGCGGGCUCUAGGGUUUCGCGGCUCCCACCUUGACGGAAAUGGCAAUGGUGGUGUGCGCAGCGCCCUAAUCACUCGCCCAGCCCCGCUUUUAACCCGCCUCCCCCACCGCUCCGCCCCCAUCCCGUCCAGCCCCCUCCCCCGCUUUCCCUUUCCCCUUUCCCCUCUCCCUUCCGCUCCAGCGCGCGCGCGAGAGCUAGCUUCUCUUCGCUUCUCGGUUAGCUGAGCUGAUUUGGUGGACGGAGGUGGUGGUGUGGGAGCGGCUGAGAGGCGCGUGGCGUGGGUGGCAGGAGGAGGAGGAGGCUGAUCGAUCUGGAGCUAGCGGUACCGGACGCGGCGGCCGGCGGCGGCGGCAUGGGGCGGGGCCGGGUCGAGCUCAAGCGGAUCGAGAACAAGAUCAACCGCCAGGUCACCUUCGCCAAGCGCCGCAACGGCCUGCUCAAGAAGGCCUACGAGCUCUCCGUGCUCUGCGAUGCCGAGGUCGCCCUCAUCAUCUUCUCCAACCGCGGCAAGCUCUACGAGUUCUGCAGCGGCCAGAGCAUGCCCAAAACACUUGAGAGAUACCAAAAAUGCAGUUAUGGUGGGCCAGAUACAGCAAUACAAAAUAAGGAGAAUGAGUUAGUGCAGAGCAGUCGAAACGAGUACCUCAAACUGAAAGCACGAGUGGAGAAUUUGCAGAGAACUCAACGAAAUUUGCUUGGCGAAGAUCUCGGGUCACUUGGCAUCAAAGAUCUUGAGCAGCUCGAAAAGCAACUUGAUUCAUCCUUGAGGCACAUAAGAUCCACAAGGACACAGCAUAUGCUUGACCAGCUCACUGAUCUCCAGAGGAAGGAACAAAUGCUGUCUGAAGCAAAUAAGUGCCUUCGAAGAAAACUGGAGGAGAGCAGCCAGCAGAUGCAGGGCCAAAUGUGGGAGCAGCAUGCCGCCAACUUGCUCGGCUACGACCAUCUGCGACAGUCCCCGCACCAGCAGCAGGCGCAACACCACGGCGGCAACGGCUUCUUUCACCCCCUGGACCCUACCACUGAGCCUACACUUCAGAUAGGGUAUACUCAGGAGCAGAUAAACAACGCGUGCGUGGCGGCGUCCUUCAUGCCGACAUGGCUGCCCUGAAGAUCGAUGAUCCAACCAGCUAAUAAAUGUGCGACGGUGCUUGCACCUCCGUCGUAUGUAUACUCUACCUACGUAUAUUCCGGGGCCGACCGGGAGCGACUAGUACCGCGUUCGCGUACGUCUCAUAGUUCUGUGUCUGUGUUUGUGUCCUUGUGUGAAAAACUUUUGUGAUCGACGUGUAUGUCAAGACUGCCUGGUACAAAAGGCCCGCACGUACGUACGUCUCCGUUACUAUGGGCUGCUGCUGGCUCCUGCAUAAAGGACGACGGUACAGUGCAGUGCUUGUAGUCCUGUACGUUUCGUAAUUUCCAGUCCAACUAUAUAUAUAGUUGUAUGAUGAUGUGAUGUUAUCAAGUAUGUGUGCGUGACUAUAAAUGGAAAAUAUGCAAUGCAUUGUA